CAACUGAACUGCAGCUGCGUCUAUGGAAAAGAGCUCUCCUCCUUACUACACCAGUUGCUUGUACUGGCGCAUGUCUCUCUACUGUGCUCCUUUCGUCAUCGUUCGAAUACAAAGAAGUGGUUUUCUCCGACAAUAGCUCUCAAAGCCACUCCCCAUCCCCUCCUUCUCCUUGCCGCGGCGAGUGAAACUGCUGUUCCACCAUGGCCAAAGGAGUCCGCAAGACAGCUCUUCCGGCGAGAAAGGCGCCAGCAGCGGCAGCAGCAGCAGCUGGUGUAGACAGCGCGGUGCAGUAUGUCAAUACGCAGGCACCGUUGGUGAAGAGACCUCCACCGCCGGCGUCUACGCGGAAAGUGAACCUCCCUCCGCCGCCUCCACUGCCGCCGAAACCUCGCAGCAAAGUACCGCUAUACAUAGGCGGCACCUUCUUGUACGCCUUGGCCGUCUAUGGCGCCUACGUCUUUAUCACGACCUCGAAAAGUAUUCCGAAGGAACCAGUUUAUGCAAAACCCCUGGACGAGCAGGAGGAUAUCAGCCAUGUGUACAACAACAUAGCGUUGAAGUAUGACAAAGAGAUAUGGACCAGUGAAUUUUUCAUGGGCAUGCCUUUGCUUCGGAGGAGCAUGGCAAAGCGGGCCACCGGCAAUGUCCUUGAGGCCUCCGCCGGAACGGGCAGAAAUAUCAAGUGGUAUCCACUCUCCGGGAGGAAGGUGACGUCCCUCACCAUGGUCGACACCAGCGCGCCCAUGCUGCAAAUCGCUCGCAAGGCAUUUCACAAACGCCAUCCCACGUACAAGAACGUACACUUCACUAUCCAGGAUGCUGCCGCCCCGUUAGCGUCACCUUCUAGCGAUAAAUUCGACACGGUGAUCCAGAGCAUGGGAAUAUGCUCGCAUCACUCGCCCGUCCAGCUUCUCCGCAACCUAGGUGAAGUUUGCAAGGAUGACGGCAACAUCAUACUCUUGGAGCAUGGAAAGAGCCAUUACGACUGGCUGAAUCGCAUUCUGGACCGGUUUGCUGAGAAGCAUGCGGAUACCUGGGGAUGUUGGUGGAACAGAGAUGUGGAAGCGAUUGUUAGCGAGAGCGGGCUGCGGGUAGUCAAGUUGAGGAGAUAUCAUUUUGGAACCACGUACUGGAUCGAGGCGAAGCCACCGCUCAAGGCGGAUAAGUCGCCGAGUGCGAAAUGAUGAAUGUACGUAUUUUUAGCCUGCACCCCAGACUUAUGUAGAUACCUUGACCACAAAACACUGUAUUCUUUCGCUUCCACCACAG